CCAGCUGCCCCUGCCCGUCCCGCGCGGUGCGGGGCGCCGGGGUGGGGGGCGCGCGGGGGCGCCCACAAUGCUCGGGUGACAGGAGGGGGCGCGCCUCGACAGAGACCCGGAUCUUGGGGUACCCCGGGGGCCCCCAGCGGCUUGGCAGUGUCCCGUGGCUCCCAGGAGCGGCCCCCGCCCCCCGCCCGCGCUCCCACUGAACUUGCAGCAACUGGAGCGGGAGGGGGCGCCGGGCCACCGGGGGUCGGGAGGGGGCGGGCGUGGGAGGCGUCUGGACCUGCUGCCUCCGCUCCAGUCUCGGGCGGGGCCUCCCGGGCCUGGGGGUGGGGGAGGGCCGGGGGCGGGAGCCAGCGCGCCCGGGACUCAGCGACGGGACGGCAGAACGCGGGGCGCGGGGCAGACGGCGAGGCUGAGCGGAGGAGGUGCCGGCCCAGCCCCCGGGACGGCGGGACACCGGGGACCCCUCCUCCAGCGGCGGCGGCCCGGACCGACGCGGGGAGGACGACGCCUCCGGGUCGCCCUGGAGUCACCGGCGGUCGGGGCGAUGGGGGCGCGGAGCCUGCGGGGCCUCCUGUUGCUCCUCCCGCUGCUGCCGCCACGCGGGGCCUCCGCGGGGAGCCUGCAGAGCCCAGGCCUGUCUGAGUGCUUCCAGGUGAAUGGCGCCGACUACCGCGGCCACCAGAACCGCACGGGCCCCCGCGGGACCGGCCGCCCCUGCCUCUUCUGGGACCAGACGCAGCAGCACAGCUACAGCAGCGCCAGCGACCCCCAGGGCCGCUGGGGGCUGGGCGCGCACAACUUCUGCCGGAACCCAGACGGGGACGUGCAGCCGUGGUGCUACGUGGCUGAGUCAGAGGAGGGCAUCUACUGGCGCUACUGCGACAUCCCCACAUGUCACAUGCCCGGGUACCUGGGCUGCUUCGUGGACUCGGGGGCACCGCCAGCCCUCAGCGGCCCCAGUGGCACCUCAACCAAGCUCACGGUCCAGCUGGCGGGCGUGGAGGCCGGCUACGCCUGCUUCUGCGGCUCUGAGAGCGACCUCGCCCGAGCACGGCCGGCCCCGGCCACCGACUGCGAUCAGAUCUGCUUUGGCCACCCCGGCCAGCUGUGCGGUGGUGACGGGCGCCUGGGCAUCUAUGAAGUGUCCGUGGGCUCCUGCCAGGGGAACUGGACGGCGCCCCAGGGUGUCCUCUACUCCCCGGACUUCCCGGACGAGUACGGGCCGGACGGGAACUGCAGCUGGACGCUGAGGCCGCCGGGCGCCGCGCUGGAGCUCACCUUCCGCCUCUUCGAGCUGGCCGACCCCCGAGACCGGCUGGAGCUGCGCGACGCCGCCUCUGGGAUCCUGCUGCGGACCUUCGACGGCGCCCGCCCGCCGCCGCCCGGGCCGCUGCGUCUGCGCACCUCGGCGCUGCUGCUCCGCUUCCGCAGCGACGCGCGCGGCCAGGGCCAGGGCUUCGCGCUCACCUACCGCGGGCUGCAGGACGCCGCUGAGGACCGGGCGCCCCCCAAAGGUUCGGCCCAGGCCCCCGGAGCGCCCCCCGACGGCGCCAACGUGAGCUGCAGCCCGCAGCCCGGGACGCCCGAGGCCGCGAUGGGCGCUCGGGUCUUCUCCUCCGUGACAGCCGUCGCGCUGCUGCUGCUCCUGCUGCUGUCGCUGCUCCGCCUACGGCGACGUCGGAGCUGUCUGCCCGCUCAGGGAAAGGGACCCCCGGCGCUGGGGCCCUCCCCAGGCCCAGGGCGCGGCUGGGCUGUGUGGUACCGCCGGCCUCGAGGGGUGGCCCUGCCCCGAGCCCCCGGAGACCCCCCGGCCGAAGCCCUGGCGCCCAGCUACCGGCCCCUGAGCGCCUCCAGCCAGAGCUCCCUGCGCUCGCUUAUCUCGGCGCUCUGACCUGGGAUCUGGGCCAAGAGGGCCCACGUCGAGCCGCCGCCACCCUGCCGCCCGUGGGGGUGCUGCCAGCGGGCAGGAAGCCCCCGGUGCCGUUGCUGGGGAUUUGGCCUGUCCGUGCAGGCCCGGAGGGGUCCUCGAUCCCUCCUCACAGAACUUUCCACGACCCCCGGGCCACUGUUGGACUGCGUGGGGUGCGGGGAGCCCUGGAAUAAAGGUCUCCUCUGUACAGG